CGCCGCGCACGCACGUACGCGAAUUGCUUGACAGACCGGAUCAAAUCAGCCACCGUUAUCGUCCUAAAUGACAACCUGAUGGACGAACGAGGUAGUCCAUGCAUGCUUGUGUAGUGUGAACGCUAGUGUCAGGAGUGCAGUGUUGUGUUCAUGUACAAAUGGAGGAGGUUCGCAUAUCGGACUGGCCCGAGCCACCUGGCUCCCAUGCAUGGCUGCCCGCUUACGGCUUCCAGCAUGAAAUAAUGGAAAAAGACGACUAUUUUAUCUCCAAUGGAGACAAUGGCAGCACUCACGCUUUGUACCUCGAAACAAUAGUCGAGGAAACAAGCGAUGACUUGCGUUCUGAACGCUCUUCUGCAGCCACCUGGCUAUCUGACUCAGAUGCCGACUCGGUCAUACAUGUUCGCGGCACAGCAGGGUCGGAGUGCGACAGCGAGUCAGAGCGGGAAUGGGCGUGCCCUGCAAAACGUAGGAGACGAGAGCGAGCCAACUCGCCGACCAGCCUCGGAUCUCUCUCACGUUCGUCUAGCCUCGCGCAAUUCGAAUCCCUCGAACGGUCCUGUGCCGCUCCCGUUUCACCUAGUCUAUCGCCGGACUCCCUCGAGUCGCCCCCUGCGUCACCACAGCCUGUUCGACCAGCCCCUCGUGCCCAUCUUUCAGCGGAGAACCUUAGCGAAGAUAGUGGUUACAGUGAGCGCGCGCGCCGGCCGCCCCCGCCUGCCCGCCGUGGCCCGCCCGAAAUAGCCCACGGGCCGAUCGCCGCCGGCAGCGUGCCCUGCCUCGUCUCGCCCAGUGCCACGCGUCGCCAGCCCCGCGCUGCGCGCGCUCUCUCCUUGCCCGCCGAGCUCGACGUCUGCGCCGAGCCAAAACGCCACGCGACCCACAGUGCGCGAUUCCGCCAGACCUUCGAAGUUUGCGACAGUUUUACCGUAAGCGUGGCCGACCUGACGGCCUUGGACUACCGCGGAGGACCGCGGCGACCGCGGCUCCCUCCGCCGCCCCCUCCGCGACCAUCGCAUCAACCGCCACCUCCACCACCCGUGCUCGAUGUGGUCACGCGUCCCCUGCGGUCAACGCCGGCCCGCGAGCCCAGCGCCGGCAGCGACUCCACCACCGAAUCAGAACAAGCAUUCGCAAGAGAAAUGGAGGCUACAGCGCGCCGUUUGGACGAAAAUGCGAAAAGAGCGCUCGCCGACACCGGAAAUUACGAUCGUGAGCUCUCCGUGCUGACGGCACGGCGUCUUCAGGACUCGUGGGGAGCAUGGGAUGACGUUCUCGAUGAGCUUCGUCGGCGUAUGGAACCGUCGUCGGCGACGCCGUCCCCGCCGCGGUCUCCCUCACCAGACCCUAUUCGAGAGCCUAGUUUUGCGUCAACGCCCCUCCGCUCGGGAGACGCACGAGUUCGUUCUACGCCCGAGUUGCGAGCGCGGGCAACGCCGCACCGCGAAACUCCAGAAGAGUUACGAGCUUCACUCCAACUAGUCGCACCGCGGCCGCCCGACUCGGCGUUGCCGGCGCGCUCUGUGUCGACAGGAUCAAAAGGAGUCACUUUUUCACCGAUAGUGGCCGAAGUGAGUUGGCGAGAAACUAGUACGAGUAGUAACGAAAGUUCUGAACGAAGGACGAGCGAGAGUUCGAGUGCGAGCGUGGACGGGGCAGACGCAGAGGUAGUGGAAGUGGAGGGGGAAGGCGACGGACCGCGCGCGCAGAUCGCAGAGUGCGCCGUCGCAAUGACGGAAGCGGGCGCGCGUGCGCCGCGCAGCCGCAUCGCCGGUUUCCUUUCGAGGUUCGCGAACUUCCGAUUCUCGGGGCGCAAAGAAAAAAAAUCUAGGGGCGCAGGCGCGAACGGGCGGGCAAGUAUCAGCGGUCCGCCGACGACGGCAGAUGCGGGGCAGGGAGUGCGAGCGGCGGCCGCCGGGCCGCAGUAUGUGCGCAUCCCGCUGAAGGAGGAGGGUGUGUCGCGGGCGGUGGCACCCCCCGUGGCGGGCGGUGUGGCGCACAAGCCUCCGCGGCCGCGCCCGCCGCCCGCUCCGGCACCCGGUGUGCUCGAAACCGACGUGGACACGCAGCGCACGGUGCUGCACGCGCGAUCCUUGCUCGCCCUGGCGCCGCCCGACCAGCGCGCGCCUCGACCCCACAAGUCCAUGGAGUUUCUGCUGGACAAAGACAGCGCGCAGAUCGUACAGCCUCCAGAAAACGAGUUGCAGAAGAAUUCCGACCGCGUGCUCUCGGAGCACGAACUGCGGGUCCAAAGGUCACUGCAGAAACUCAAUGUGCCGGAAUGGUACAAAAAUGCUCCAGCCCCUCGAGAGGGCUUUCUCCUCCGCAAACGGUUAUCUGACGCUUCGGCGUCAGCGACUCGUUGGAGUGGCCUCAACUCUAAAACAACAUCGCUCGGUAGCCUCGGCGCGAACGCGCAGCCUCCACCGCCCCAGCUAUCACCACACACCACCAGUUUCGGAAGGUGGUCGACAAGUCGACUUAAUUCGAAUCAAACUUCACCGUGCUCUUCAACACGUAGCAGCAUCCGAGGCACAAGCCCAUUGUGCUCCCCCUCUACUAGGUCUUCUUUCAGUGCACGACAGCCGUACCUGGGUUGGAGAAGUCAGGAACGAUUAAAUACCACACCACGAACGCCACACGAAAGGCUAGCUUCAUCCCUUCUUCAGCAAACAGCAUCAGCAAAGGCAUCUGAAGAAAUCCAAUCGUCAAUCAAAGAGGUCACAUCAGCGAUAGUGCACUACGUAUCGGGCUUAGAGCCGGCCAACGGAGACGUGGACAGGCAACCCUCGCCGAGGUCCAGUCAGAAGUUGUAUUGGCUGGAAAGUUCGUUUGUUGGUACAAAGCCUCUAGAGUCGCCACAAACGCCGCUGGUGGUGACGGAAGCGCUCCCCCCUCCCCAUCCGCGUCCGCCUUCAUCGCUUCGCCUCGAGCACCGCGCGGCGCCCGACUGGCAAGAUUCCCAGCGUUCCUUAAACCUCGGUAUAACCAGGCCUUCCCCGGGAUCCACGACUCUUGAAGACGUUUUGGACUCUCUUCUUGGCCUCCCUUCUCAACCAACAAGGAUACCGACUCCUCAACCAAGUCCAAGGAAAUCAGCGAGUCCUUACUACCUGUUAGGUGGAAAGAGUCCGCGGUAUGAACAGUUAGCCAGUAGUGGGCACAGCAGCAUAUCCCCAGCCUCCCGCUUCAUCAGCACACCCAGCGAGGGACCCAGCUCCUACACAGACCCAAGUCCCGACCACGAUCGAGCAGGGAUGGAUACAGUUGAUGUUCCGGUUACGAUGCAAGAAUCCAGACGUUCGAGAUCGGCUCAGGGCGAACAUUCUCGAAGGAGAAGUGAGCCAUUCGCCCAUCACAGCGCUUCCCUAGACCGCCGCACGAGCCUCGAUGCUGGAGCACUGCGAUCUGAUCACCAUCUUACCCAUCACGACUCCAAAACCUCCCUCGCUUCCUUACAAACCGAAAAUAGUACCGACGAAGGUUUAGUUAAAUGCAAAUAUUCAAAAUGUUCCUCCCGCGCACCUCACGCUGAUGCCAAAAGACAUUACAAAACCUGCCACAAUUGCACAACGAUGUACUGCUCCAAGGAAUGCAGACGAGCUCAUUGGGAGAAGCACAGAAAAGUUUGUCUACAUUCGCGAGCGAGCACGCUGUGCAGGCAGAUAAUUUCAGCGGCAAAGGAAGAUGUCAAUUCCUUGCAUCAAAUCAGUACAAUAGCUCAUAAAGGAUAUUUAGCACAAGGAAGGGGAGUCGUGAAGAUCUUCUUCACCAGUCCCGAAGCAGCGGAAAAGUUUACCAUCCAUGGCUACCAGUAUUUGAGCGAGCCGGAGUUUGUGAAAUGGACGUCUCUUCAACCUAACGAAAUGGGCGCAGAAUUGUAUACCGAAGUGGUAAAAUUGUGUAAGGCAUACAACCCUGAAACAAGAGUUAUAUUAUACGUAGCUGUUUGCAUUAUCAGCGAAGUGCCAACGAAAGGUGCCGUUAAAUGGGAAAGACAGAUGGUGUCGAGGUGCGCCAAAUUACGUCUCAGCAAGUCCGUAUCCUCGGCGAUACAGGAACAAAACCGUAAGCGAAACAGGAGAGAUAGUAAAGGCACGCCCGAAGACCGAGAAACUCUCAUCCUAACAUCGAAGCUGACGAACGCCGGCGAGAAGAAUGCGGCGACGGCGCACAAGUUUAGAGAAAUAUGUUUUAAAAAUAUAAUAAAUGAGCUGGAAAGUAGAGGCGUGGUUCUGAAAAACCAUUUCCCUGAGGUAUAUUCGAGGUUGGCUGCAUAUGUGGACGGCACGAGCGAUAGAUUCAUACCGAUGACGAUAUACCCUCGGAACGCGACCAGUGGCAAGUCGUUUGUGUGCGUGAUCAUGCCCGAUAGUGAUACGGACAGUACUCCUGUAGAUGGGAAGGUGGUCACGGUGGACGUCGGCGUCGACCGUUCCAAACAUCAGCUGUCGACACCGAUGUGAUCCUUAAAUUUUACCCAUUCGGUAACGAGGGUAUUGUAUAUAUUUCCGCUGGAUUUUUAUAAGAAGAAUAACAUCGCUCAAAGCUGUAUUCUUAUGAGAAAUUGUCUAAGAUUUUUGCUGCUCUUCUCGUCUACGUUUAAUGAAUCUCGUAUGUGGAUUGAUGUUGAAUGUUCUCUUUAUAUAUUUAUUAAAUACAAUUUUCUUAACUAUAUAAUAUAGGAAGCGUGUGAGCCUCCUGGUUUUAUCACGUAUUAGGAAAAAUAUGAUACAAAACUAAUUUGUAAAUUAAACGCGGGUUUAUUAAAGACAAAUAUUAUUGAAUAAUUUCUUAAUAAAUAUAUAUUAAUAGUGUAAUUAUUAGAGAAAUAAAAUAUUGCCUUUGAAAUAGCUUGGAGAUUAGUUAAAUAUAUAUUAUUUGUUAUAAAUUUAUCGUAUAUAUUAUGUAUAUCGUCACAUUUCUUGUUGUUGCUUAGAAAAUUUACAAUUGUGUUAGAGUAAAGAGGAGAAUUUGCUGUGAAAAAAGGUGGAAUGCAAAUUCUACAUAAUUGUUUUUAAUUUUUGCUAAAUGAUUGGAAUUAUUAAUAACACAUCGUUUUAAAAUUUGACAAUACUUUAUAAGAAUAUUAAAAAAAAGCAGAACUAAAGUUUUUCAAAUAUAAAUAGAUUAAAAUUUUAUACAAAGCUUAUAAGCUUUUAUAGUUACGUUUGAAAAUAAAACAAACAAUUUCUUCUAUACUUACUACGCAUUUAAGUGAAAAAUUUCAUUAUAUUUUAUUUUAUAAAAAAAUUACCAUUUCAAAAAAUAUCAUUUUAUUAAUUAAACUAAUUUUAAUACUUAUAUAUUAUGCAACAAAUUAUAAGAGUAAUAUGGAAAAUAGAAUAAAUACCUAAAAUGGAUGACUGUUGCACUCAUUAUAAGACCUGAUAAAGAAUUACAGACUGCUAUAUGGUAUGUAUGUUAAAGCAUUCAAAUAUAAUAAUCAUUAAUAAUAUUAUGAUCCACACGUCAUUUGAUAUUAACAUUUACAGAUUAAAAAGAAUAAAAAUGUAAAAAUGCAGCACAAAUGAACGUUAUUAUAGUCUUGUAGCAAUACCUCGUUACGCACUGCCGCAAUAUAUGACGUCAUCGUUUGCGGCAUGCGUGGCGUGUGUGUUCUUGUUGCUAUGUGCGUAACGACGUACUGCUACAGUCUUGAUUAAUAGUGCCAACCUACUUAUAACUUAUUAACUAUUAAUGUGUGCUUAAAAUUUAAGAAAUACCUUUUUAAAAGUUAUUCCCUGAACUAGAUUUGAAAAAAAAAUGAUUUAAUAACGAAUUUUAGAUAACAUAAUGUUAUAGUUGGCAGAUAAAUGAGAUGAAAUGCUAAAAAUAUACUUAUGAGGUCUGUAAAAUGCUGCUUUAUUAACAUUUACUGCAUUUGUUAACAAUAAUUAGUAUUUAAUAAUUUGUUAUAAAUUAAAAAAUAUAUACAACAUGCAUUUAAGCAAAACAAAGACUAUUUAAAUCCUUAAUAUUUAUGCGUAGUAAUGCAUUCGAUAUAUUAAUAGUUUUUAUAUCAUAGCAAACUCAUAUUGUAUAUUUAAAUCUUUUUAGAUGGUUUAAUGUUUAACCUUUUAUGUUGUUAUAUUUCAGAUAUUGUUAUUGUUGUCAUAUUAUUGAAGUGUUCAAUUUACAAAAUGAGUUCUUUAUACGCAUAUUUAGUAUAGAUAAAAAAAAACAAAUAUGUGAAGUUAUACAAUCUGUGUUCUAAUGUGUGGCUAUGCUAGAUAAACAAAUAUUGGACCGAGCUAACAAUAUAGGUCCUUCGUGCCUCGCCUAAAUUCAUAUUAUAAGCUAUCGCUGUUUAUGAAUAAUUAUGUGUGGCACAUUGUACAUUAGGGCUUUAUUUUUAAAGUUUACAAUAUGACUAAAUAGCUAUAAAAAAGAUAUUUAAAUAUUUCUCUACUAUUAAAUUGUCUAUUAGCCAAGGGCAUAGCCAGGCCUCGCUUGAACCGGUGGCGGGCGGUGUUCGAAGACAGAGAAAAAAAAGUACUUCUCUGUAUUAUUUAUGGAUGUAUUCUAAACAAAAUUAAUAUUCGGAUACUUAUUACGGCAUCCAAGAUGGGCUGUGAAGCAUGCCACAGUCCUUGUCCCAAUGUGGUUACACUCUUACUGUCAACGAUGUUGUAAGAAAAAGGUUUUGUUAAAAAUAAACCUCUUUUAACAUUCCAUUAAUGUAAUGAUAAUAAAUAUUUUAGACAAUUUAAACUCUUACUGUACUUAUUUAUAAUGUCUAUAAUUAAUUGCCUCGUGAAAAGAUAUUUCAUAUAUUGAUAUAUUCAUACUGUUACCAUAUCAUUUGUGUUUCAUAGUCUGGUAUUAUAUAAAUUUUUUAUCUAGUUGUCCCUAUGAUGUAUUUCAAAUAAACAGUGCGGCUA